AUGGAAGAGGCCAGUUGCAUCCCUGGGUACAGAAAAAUAAACGCGCAGCUACUGUACAGGCCACAAGAAGACUACGCAUUCGUUAAUGAUAUAAAAGCUAGGCAGUUCUUUUACAAUCCAUACUUCCGCAAAGAACCAGAGGGCCCAUAUGUCAAGGAAUAUCACGAGAAGUAUCCGUUUGGCGAACCGCUAAACGGGUCCGUGUUUUCCCCCCUCACUAUGGCGCAGCAAACCAUGAACAGACAGUGCAACCCGUUUGUGUCCUACCCGUACGGAGUUCCUCGAGAUCCCCCAUAUGAAAAGUGCUCCAAAUGUAGAGGGAACAAAAAAAGUAAUAAAGAGAAACGGAAAAAAAAGGAGAAAAAUCGUCAUCAAAGUGGUCAUCAAAGUGGCUUAUUCGCUUCGAAAUUGAGCUCCCCCAUUGAUUACAACGCACCGCAAGGGGACUCGCGUCAUUAUGAAGAGAACCAUUUUGAUCAGACUAGGGACUACCCCGCGGUUCAUUAUCCAGAGGAGGGAAGCAGCCGAAAUGGGGAUUCACCUUACAACUCGUUCGAAAUGACCACUGCGAAUGACUUGGAAGGCACAUACGCGCGUUCCAAUGAUGGAGAAAGCGCAUGUAACGAAUUGGAGAGUCCAAUAGAGAACUGCGCCGACUACGUCCAUGUUGACGAGCCUGAGUACCAUUACAGCUAUAAUGAAGAGGCAAAUAAGAAUUCGCAGAAGGGGCUACAAAUGGUGCACGGAAAAUUUCUUCAGCAGAGGAGUGAUCCUCACCUGAGCGACGAUGGACAACGCCCCUCUGAGCAAAAAGUCACUUUUGAUGUGAAAGGAGAAGAUCAAUUCAGCACGAUCUUUGCAGAUUCCGAUGAGGAGAGGGCAAGUCUCCAUGAUGCGGAAGCGCAGAACGAAGUCGAGGGUAUCUUAAGCCAAUACAUAAACGAUAUUAAAAAGAAGGGGCCCAAUGGUAGCAAGCAUCAAACAAAGGGGAGCACAAGUGGGGAUGAUCCAUACGACACACCUGUACGAAUCAAAAGGGACGCGGAGGAUUUGCACGACAACGAAAUGGUGGCCGUUAAAAUGAACGCGCAGGAGAAGGGAAAAACACCCAAAAAGUCCCACCCACCACCAGGUGACGGCGCAAAGCGAGAUAAGCAUGAUAGGCAGCCCAUCAAACAGGUCAAAAUUUGCGAACAUGAAAAUGUGUGGAAUAAGUAUAGCGUUACUGAGAGUUGCAAAAAUAGGGAAACUUCGAAUGAGCGUUUGAAAGUGGAAGGCUCAUCGGGGAGAGAUGCCCACGAUUCGCAGAGUCCGCGCAGUCCGCGUAGUCUGCAUAAUAGCCGCAGUCCUCACAGCUUGUUCAAUCAGCAGGUUAGCGAAAGAGGGAAAAGACCGGACCGUCACGGCAGAUUCUGCAAACAAGCUACUCCAAAGUACGAAGCAGCGAAGAAGGAUCUCAUACAGUCAAGACAUAAAAGAGAAACUGCUAACACCCAACAAAUGUCAACAUCCAACGAGGAAGACAAAUGGGGUGCCAUUUCUGCAAAAAAAGGUGCCCCGAAACAGGGGAAGGGAUACUACCCACAUAGGGACAUUAUGCCACCAAAAAGGAAAACUGAGAAGAAAGAAUUAACUUAUAAAAACUCCAGAAUAGCAAUUGGGAGAACAAAAUCGUUGAGGUUUAGAAGAGGUACCGUUACUUUCCCCACGAAAAAUAUUAACUUCCAACAUAGGAAAAAAAGCAUUCUGAGCAAACAAAAAUCGAUGUUCGAAGGGAAGCUCAAAAAGCAAAACACGGUAGCCUUGAAGAGGAGAAAAACCAUGUCUAGGCUAAGUUCUAUGAAGAACCCACCUUACACCAUCGUCUUAAAUAAAAAGAAGGUCAUGAAUAUGCACAAAGGGAUUCCUCCUUUGGAGAACAAGAAGGAUAAAAUGAGUGGUAUUACCCCUGUUGGCGCGAGGAAAAUGCUCGCCAGGUCGAAAACCAAGGUCCUCCUCAUUGAUAAUGAAACGAAAGUAUUUAAAAAACAAAAUGUGAAAAUGGUUUCAAGGAAUCCAUUUAACCCAAUUGCAUCUUCUGUGGAAAAUUCCACGCGUAACGAGCCAGAAAAUGGGAAACAGAAAAAAGAAACGGACAUGACCGGAAGUGCCAAAAGAGAGAGUGUACACCUGAGCGCUAAUGCGGAUAGGAAAAAAAACUACCACGCCUCUGUUAGAAAUAAGCUGAAAUCGAAAAAGGAGGAAAUGUUCCAAAACAUUAUAUCCUUGACGAAAAACAUGAAGGAGAAUCCGCUAAAGAAGAAGUACAACGAUCAGAUUGACCCUCGCGAUUUGCUAUCGGUCACGUCUACCAAUAGCAGCGCUGUGGCGGACGAUGAUUUGUAG